ACAAUAGGAUGGCCGCUCUCAGGUUUCUCUCUGGUAGUAUACCGUUAGGGUUAGAAUCAUGAAGGGAAUGAUUAAUCAAAAUUCAAAGCUGUUAGAAGAGAAGUUUAUGAUUGUAUUUUAGGUUAGCCUGGACUCCGAAGAUUGACUCAAGGAACCAUUCGGGAUUGACAAUUAUUUAUUAUACACAUGUUACAUACUACAUUAAUCAGACAACGCAUACUAUGACGCUUCUUUGGAAAUUAUUGAUCAAUUCCGCUGUCGUUCGAAAACCAGGAUACGGCAAUACUGAUAUAUCAAAAAAGUAUUUGAUUCCUCUAUGCCUAAGGCAAACUACAAAAGUGUCUAAGGAAGGUCGUAUGUUUAUUGGAUUAAGACAUUAUACAACCAAUGCUAUUAAAACUGACACUUCGUCAGCGAAGAUUGUGCAUUCUGUCCAAGUGAAAAAGAGCUCUGAAUUGAAGAACUUGAUUUUACUCGCCGUACCUGAAAAAUGGACUCUAAUAAAAGCUAUUGCAUUCUUGCUUGUAUCAUCCAGUGUCACAAUGGCGGUUCCUUUUUGCCUCGGCAAAGUGAUAGAUGUUGUCAAUACUGUGGAGAAGACAAACAUGAAAGAAAACCUUAAUCGAUUAACUCUUGCUCUACUUGUAGUAUUUGUCAUAGGAGGUCUGAGCAACUUCAGCAGAGUUUACUUAAUGUCUACUGCAGGACACAGAAUCACACAGUCUCUGAGGAAAAAGGCAUAUACUGCUAUUCUUCAACAGGAAACAGCGAUGUUUGAUAAAGAAAGUACAGGAGAACUAGUAGGAAGAUUAAGUGGAGAUACACAACUAAUCAGUUCUGCUGUUACAUCCAACAUAUCAGAUGGCUUACGUUCUGCUAUUAUGGCUGUCACGGGUGUGUCAAUGAUGUUUUAUGUGUCGCCGUCGCUUGCCUUGUUGGGUUUAGCUGUAGUACCGCCCGUUGCAAUCGUCGCUGUUAUGUGGGGACGCGUUUUGAAAAGAAUUUCCAAGGAUCUGCAGAGCAGUUUUGCGGUGCUUAAUUCAACGGCGGAAGAAAAAAUCAGCAAUAUUAGAACUGUCAAAGUGUUCGCGCAGGAAAAACGCGAAAUAGAUAGAUACAACGACAAGCUGCAGGAUGUUCUCAAGAUGUGUUACAAAGAAAGUUUGUACAGAGGGAUGUUCUUCGGCAUGACCGGCCUCUCCGGUAACGCGAUCGUUCUUUCGGUCCUUUACAACGGAGUGUUCAUGGUUUCCAACUCCAGUAUAACAAUCGGAAGUUUAAGCGCCUUUCUGUUAUACGCAGGAUAUGUGGGAGUGUCUCUGAACGGACUGUCUUCAGCAUAUAGCGAAUUAAAUAAAGCUCUGGGUGCGAAUGCUCGCCUGUUCGAGUUUAUUAAUAGACAAUCGCUCAUUCCUAUUGAGGGCGGACAAAUUUUAGAAAAGGAAUUGUCGGGGAACGUGACGUUCCGAAAUGUUUUCUUCGCUUAUCCAACGCGGGAAACAGUGGCCGUGUUGAAGGGAUUUAAUGUGAAUAUAGAAAAAUGUUCCAUGACAGCUAUAGUCGGUUCCUCAGGCUCUGGCAAAUCCACGAUAGCAUCGCUUUUGUUAAGGUUGUACGAUCCUAUUGAAGGAUCGAUACUUUUAGAUAAUCACGAUCUCCGUUUACUCGAUCCUACGUGGGUAAAAUCACAAAUUGGCGUCGUUUCUCAAGAACCAGUUCUCUUCAGCGGGUCAAUAAGAGAAAAUAUACUGUACGGAGUGGAAUACGCGACGGAUUUCGAAGUGGAGGAAGCCGCGCGACUAGCACAUGUGUUGGAGUUUACGGAAAAAAUGACCGACGGAUUAGACACGUUAGUGGGAGAAAGAGGCAUUACACUCAGCGGCGGACAACGUCAGAGAGUUGCCAUUGCUAGGGCAUUAAUAAAGAAACCGAAAAUUUUGAUAUUGGAUGAAGCGACUAGUGCCUUAGACGCGGAAAGCGAGUAUUUUGUUCAAAAAGCUUUAGAACACGCUAUUCGCGGGAGGACCGUAAUAACGAUUGCGCACAGACUCAGUACAAUAAAGAACGCUGAUAAAAUCGUGGUGCUCGACGGUGGAAAAGUAGCGGAAACCGGCACCUACGACGAGCUGAUGAAUUUGGAACACGGUCAUUUCAAAAAAUUAGUGAAACAUCAAGCUUUUAUGUAGAAUAAAUGUACAGAAUGUCGUCGUAUACAAAUGAACAAUUGUAUAAUUAUUUAUCGACUCGCAAUUGUACAUAUAUGUACAUAUG